AUGUCCGGCUCGGUGCGCGAUCAAGGUCGUCGGCGUCACAGCCAGACCUACGCCGGCCACAGGGGUGCUCGCUCUUCCAAGCUGUCCCUCCUUACUGCUGUCACCACCGGGUCCCAUGGGUCGACCGAUAGUUCGUCGACCCUCACGCAAGAGUCCUACUCCAAGUCCACCUCAAGUUCGAGUAAGCGAAGUAGAUCCACCGGGCAGAGAAGGCCAAGCGAUGAGCGAAGGAGAAAGGCCUCGCCGGUGAAGACCGAUCCAAAGAAUGCUACCGAGGAGAAAAGCAUGUCCAGGGAAUCAGUAGACGUUUUCGCCUUCCUUGUCAAGGACGACGAGCCGGGCGCCGCCGACUCGAACGCCGAACAGGAACCUCAAGUCGAGAAGAACACUGCCGAGUCGGACGACUCUGAUAGUGAAAGCAUCGUGCCGAGCAUGCAUUCAGAUUCGGGUAUAUCAAUGGGGGAUAGCACUGUCCAUUCCAACAAUGACCCUUUCGUCGACAACCAUUUACCUCCUUUACUGGAGGAUGCCCAUGAACAAGAAGAGAACAACAAACUACGAGCAGUCGAGCCUGACCGCUCGCAGCGGCUACGAUGGAGAUAUCCAGAGGUGCCCCCAGCCACCCAUAAGCCUCCGGUCCCGAACGUAGUGGAUAGGACACCGAGUCCCAUGCAUGUUCGUGCACGCAUGCCACAAACGCCUGACGGAAGCGACAAAGAGUUGUGCUCGCCCCGAAAUACGUUGUCCGGAUAUGAUCUUAUUGCUGAUCGACUGGCGUCCGGCGAACUUCCACCAGUGUUUCGGAGUUUUAAAAAGAUCUAUUUCCGGUUGCUUUUGCAGUUACAAGACGAAAUCAGCGAGAUGGAAGAACAGCUGGCUGGUCUGGACGCCGUCGAUGGUCAUAGUCGGCUCCAUCCAGACGGCAGCAUGUCGCCGGCUUCCAGGAGAUUGAGCUGGCAAUGGGGUCAGUCCGAUCUACCGGCACAUCGGUUACAUGUCUUGGGACGAUUAUCAAUGAAGCUUGAACAAUACUAUCAAGUUCUCUCAGCCUCGCAAAGAGUCCGCAUGCUCUCCUCAUCCCCAACUGCAACCGAGAUUGCACAGUUCCAGGCGUGGUUGCAGGAACGCAGCCCCCUCUCACUCCCGGAAUCCAAGUUCCUGGACAACAAUGAGGAUUUGAUCUCAUUAAAAGAGACCACUCCAUCCACCUCAACGCAUUCCGCCGGCCCAGCAUUAGAAUACGUGCCUAUUUGCAUUCUCACGAUGACGCUUCUGCCACUAUUGUGCUUCAAAUUCGUCACUGGCGUUUUGAACAGACUGAUCUUGAUUACCAUUGUGCUGGCGGCUGGCUACAGCAGCUUAGAGAAGCUUGACAGAUCAAAGGUCCAACAACAUCGACAGUGGGUGAUUGCAUGUUUUGGUGUUUCAUUUCUGGCAGCCCUGUUCUUUUAG